AUGAAAGAUCUAGUAUUCGUAUCACCACAGUUGUAUUUAUCAUCACAGGAAGGUUGGAAAAGUGAUAGUGCUAAAGCCGGAUACAUCCCUAUCCUUAAAAAUGAUUUACAACGUUUUCAGAACUCGCUAAAACAUAUCGUUCAUGCCAGAAACAGCAUACCAGGUGCACCGUUAGGCAGUAACGAUGAUGCGGCUGUGAAAAAUUCUGAUCAGGGCUCUGCUUCAAGCAAACUCAAAGACGCUGCAGUAGGAAAUAGCAAUGCUUCUAGCGAAAACAAUGUAGGCGCCUCCCACCAUCAAGAGCUCAAGCAAUUUCUUCCAAUCUCUUUAGACCAACAGAUUCAUACUAUAUCUUUACAAGGGGUCUCUUCUUCAUUCUCUCAUGGACAGAUAGAAUCACUACUAGGCAGCUGUUUGAAUUUAGCAUUAACGGAAACUCAAAGCAACUCCUCAUUAAAGGUGGAAGCUUGGUCCUCUUUAUCAUCAUUUUUAGACACUCAAGAUAUUUUUUUGAGAUUCAAUAAGGUCGACGACGAUGAGGCAUUUGUGGGAACAUUAAAAUAUUGGUCAGCCUUAUUCGCUCUUAUUAGAAAGCUACAUGAGGACUUCAAGAUUGAAUUGCAUUUAGAUUCAAACACACAAGAAUACAUCAACGAUCGAGCAGGAAUUGUUUUGGAUGUUAAGCCAGAAAACGCUGACAAUUUUUAUUCCAUUUUCAAGGAUAUUGAAGGCCAAACAGAUGAAAGUAAUUCGAAGAAUGAACAACUGGACAACUCUUCUACACAGUAUAAAGUGGAUAUCAGCACUUUAAGCGAUUUGCCGCCUGAUGCUCUGGAACAAUUGUGCAAGGAUAUAGUAGAAUUCAGAACAAAAGUUGUCAGCAUAGAGAAGGAAAAAAAAAUGCAGACUACGUACGAGGAAAGUAAACGUCAAAGACAUCAAAUGCAAAAAGUUUUUGAUCAGAUAAAGAAAAACCAUUCAGGCGCUAGAGGAAAUGACAAUGCAGAUGACGACAAUGCUAAUAUGGAAGAAGAGGAGGAGGAGGAGGACGACGCGGAGGACGACUUCGUCUUAGAGAAGAGAAAAGAACAGAAAGAGCUAGAUGAAUCAAACCGCAGAUACGAAGAUUUGCUCCACCAUUUACAUACCGAAGUAGAGCCCAAGAUAAAAUCCAUUAGAGCCGAUAUCAUAACUGCUGGAAACUACGAGGAGCAUUUGGAAAAAAAUCGCUCAUUGUACUUGAAAGAACUGUUACACCUUGCCAAUGACAUCCAUUACGACCACCACAGAUCUUUCAAGGAGCAAGAGGAAAGAAUGGACGGGGAAGAUAGAGCCAAAAACGGUAAUGCAAAGGAACUGGCGUCCAAGCAAAUAUCCGAUGAUAACUUCACAUCUACAAAAACGGCUGACACCCUCGCCCUCCUCGAAGACACCGGAAGGAGCAAGAGCCAUGAUGCGGACAAGAAUGUGUCUGGGAGCCCAGAGCACGUCAAAAUCAAAUUCGAGUUUAAGAAGGCCAUUGACCACUCCGUUGAAAGCUCUAGCGAAGACGAGCAAUCCAGGGAGGACGAAGAGCCGCCAACAAAGUCUACCGAGGAAAGCGCGGCAGAAGACGUUUUGCCAUUUACGGCAGAGGAACUGGAUGCAAGACUAGCAAAACUGAAGAAAUCACGGUACGUGGAAGAACUAGUGCGUGAAUUCCUCGGCGUGUACGAAGACGAGCUGGUGGAAUACAUUCUUGAGAACAUCCGCGUGAACCAGAGCAAACAGGCCCUUUUAAAUGAGCUGAGAGAGACCUUCGACAAUGACGGAGAAACGAUAGCUGAUAAACUGUGGAGUCGUGAAGAAUUCCGCCGUGAGACGUGA